AGCCAACCUCAGGUAGUGUAGCUUCCUGCAGAAUGCGGCUGUGUUGCUAAGGAACGAGGAUCUGAGAGCGGGCUGUUUGGUUUUCCAUUUAGAGGCGAGGUCCCGGGAGAAGGCUGCUACCCGCGGUGGUGUGGUUGGGCCGUGGAGACGAGCUGCUGAGGGACCGUACGCCGACCUACUCGGCUGGAACUGGGGCGCUGGCUCCCUGCUGAACGCACCAGAGGGCAGCUCCGCUGGCUUUGCGUACCCUUUGCCAGACGAUACCCUCGGCACAGCCGCCAGGCCGUCUUUCUGGGGAGCCGCCGGAGCGCGGGCAACUGGGAGAGGGGGCGGUGCCCAGUUCCCGGCCCGGCCCUCCCCGCGGAGGUGGCCACGUCAGCGCAGCGUCGCUCGGAGCUCACGGCCGGAUGGGGAAGGCGGCGGCGGCGGUGGCCUUUGGGGCCGAAGUGGGCGUGCGGCUCGCGCUGUUCGCGGCCUUCCUGGUGACGGAGCUGCUCCCCCCGUUCCAGAGACUCAUCCAGCCGGAGGAGAUGUGGCUCUACCGGAACCCCUACGUGGAGGCGGAGUAUUUCCCCACCAAGCCGAUGUUUGUUAUUGCAUUUCUCUCUCCACUGUCUCUGAUCUUCCUGGCCAAAUUUCUCAAGAAGGCAGACACAAGAGACAGCAGACAAGCCUGCCUGGCUGCCAGCCUUGCCCUGGCUCUGAAUGGCGUCUUUACCAACACAAUAAAACUGAUCGUAGGGAGGCCACGCCCAGAUUUCUUCUACCGCUGCUUCCCUGAUGGGCUAGCCCAUUCUGACUUGAUGUGUACAGGGGAUAAGGACGUGGUGAAUGAGGGCCGAAAGAGCUUCCCCAGUGGACAUUCUUCCUUUGCAUUUGCUGGUCUGGCCUUUGCGUCCUUCUACCUGGCAGGGAAGUUACACUGCUUCACACCACAAGGCCGUGGGAAAUCUUGGAGGUUCUGUGCCUUUCUGUCACCUCUACUUUUUGCAGCUGUGAUUGCACUGUCCCGCACAUGUGACUACAAGCAUCACUGGCAAGAUGUACUAGUUGGAUCCAUGAUUGGAAUGACAUUUGCCUAUGUCUGCUAUCGGCAGUAUUAUCCUCCUCUGACUGAUGCAGAAUGCCACAAACCAUUUCAAGACAAACUUGUACUUUCCACUGCACAGAAGCCUGGGGAUUCUUAUUGUUUUGAUAUUUAAAAAUUGAAUCUGGCCGGGCGUGGUGGCUCAUGCCUGUAAUCCCAACACUUUGGGAGGCCGAGGAGGGUGGAUCACCUGAGGUCAGGACCAGCCUGGCCAACAUGGUGAACCCUGUCUCUACUAAAAAUACAAAAAUUAGCCAGGAGUUGUGUGCCGUAAUCCCAGCUACCUGGGAGGCUGAGGUGGGAGAAUUGCUUGAACCUGGGAGCUGGAGGUUCCAGUGAGCUGAGAUUGCGCCACUGCACUCCAGCCUAGGCAACAGAGUGAGACCCCGUCUCAAAAAAAAAAAAACUGAAUCUAUCUCAAUAGAGAACAGGUGAACUAGCCCUCCUAACCGGACCAUGCACAAGACAAGAAAUUCUGGCUUUUUUUUCCCCUUCCAAGGUGCAAGUGAGGACAUAAGCCACACUGUAUUCUGCCUCCAAAUGAUUACACACUUUUGCCCCUGCUCAUCUAUCUUGAGGAGUUACAGUUCUUUUCCACUACUGUAUGCCACAUGUUCUAGUAAAAGGAUCUUUCAAAGGUGUCCAACACCUUAUGAAUCUGGUCUAUCAGAUUAAUAUCUGAAGAUCUACAGUGUUUUUACAUUUAAUUUAAAUGCCAUUCUUAGAAGGAUCUUGUCACAAAGAAGCCUUUACAUAGCCCCACCUUGUCUCAGAAGCUAGAGUUCAUUAUCAGAACUUAAUUUCCAUUUCAUAUAGCUCAAAAUCUUAAAAUCUAGGGCAUGGCCAACUAAAUUACUUUGAUUCUGUUUACCUUCUCUGAUGACAAUUCCAUCAAGCCUUAAAUAGGAAAAUGUCGAAUCUAGGGUAAUUUAUCACUUUUGUGUGCAUCUUAUCUGAGUCCAGCCAUCUGGUACUGCUGUGCAUUUUGAACACCGUGGGCAUAAACAAUUUGUUGAAUUACUAAGUGAAAACAAUAAUAAAGAAGAAAAUGGUCAGGAGUGUGGUUUCAGCACUACUAACAGAUGACUGUUUCUACCUCAUUUGACCAUAACUGUGCUUGUAGAAGCACAGUUAGAAAGAAGCAGUAGAAGAACUGUGCUUCUUUCCUUCCAUUCAUGACUGAAGAUCUGCUCAAAUGCACCAACACUGCCAAGUGACUAAGGCAGAAAAGAAAAAUGACUGACAGGUGUCGUCAUCUGAAGGACAGAUGAAUCUUUUUCUGCCCCUUCUUCACAAUGGAAUAUAAGGAACAAUUAUGGGAUGUCAUCAGAACUGAUGCCAUAGGACCUACAGCUCCCUUUCUCUUUAUUGUGAUUAUACUUUAAAUAUGACGUUGUCUUUUAUGUGUAUCUUCCUAUAUUUUCAAUGUAUCUUUUUCCUUCAGUAAACCUGAUAUUCAAAUAAAA